AUGAGAUGGGUCGACGCUUUCUAUUCCCAUCGUACAGCAAGCAUAUUAGUCAACGGUCACGAGUCCGAGGCUCGUCCAUUACCACAAGCCGGUCUGCCUCAGGGCUCGCCGCUGUCGCCCGUGCUGUUCCUCUUCUUCAAUGCCGACCUCGUACAACACCAAAUCGACGAGAACGGGGGCGCGCUGGCCUUCGUCGACGACUAUACGGCGUGGGUUACCGGCCGAUCGCGAGAAGCAAACUGCGAAGGCAUCCAGAACAUCAUUGACAGAGCGCUCAAAUGGGAACGACGAAGCGGGGCGACCUUCGAGACGGACAAGACGGCCAUCAUCCACUUCACGCGCAACUGGAGACUACCGCCGGACUCGACCAGCUUCGUCAUCAAAGGGGACACCGUCCGACCAAAGGACCACGUCAAGGUACUAGGGGUGACGAUGGAUACGAAGCUACGAUUCGAAAAGCACAUCGCAGACGCGACGACAAAGGGGCUGGAGGCCGUGCUGAGGCUCAGGCGGCUCAAAGGCCUGUCUCCGGCGACGGCCAGACAGCUUUUCGUCGCGGCCGUGGCACCGACGAUGGACUACGCGUCGAAUGUCUGGAGAUAUAGAUGUCGCGCAGCGCAGAUGAGAGCAAUCAACCGAGUGCAGAGGAUUGGCGCCCAAGCGGUCGUGGGAACCUUCAACACAGUGGCCACGGCGGUCGCCGAAGCGGAGGCAAGCAUACAAUCGGCGCAAGAGAGAUUCGACAGAAAAUCAACGACAUUCUGGGUACGGAUGCGAAGCCUUCCCAAGACGCAUCCGCUUCGACGUCUACGGGCGGUAGCCUUUAGACGGUUUCCAUCACCCUUCCAGUUGAUAGCGGAGGCCUAUCGCGACCAACCGCUUGACAAGCUGGAGACUAUCGAAGGGUAUUUGAUAACUCCAUGGGAAGCCCGUAUUGACACAGUAGUCGACGACGACGCGGUCAAGGCCACCGAAGCAAUCCAGUCCGGGUGGGCAGUGAGGAUAGCGACAGGGAGCUCGGCAAGAAACGGAGUUGUGGGCUACGGAACGGUCACAACGCUGCCUGCGUCACUUAGAGGGGGUGGCGGCGUGAUAACGGCCUCGCGCACACUCGGCCUGAGAACAGAGCUGAACCCGUAUGCGGCAGAGCUGGCGGCGCUGGCAGAAGCGGUCAAGUCUCUCCCGCAGAGGCUCGACUACCGGGCCAUCCACGUGUUCACCCGCAACAAAGCGGCUGUGCUAGCCAUCCGUAACCCGCGGCAGCAGUCGGGCCAACGAGAGAUCCGACAACUAUACUCCAGCAUGCAAGCUCUGCAGAGACGAGGCAAUAGGUUCACGCUCUUCUGGCUCCCAUCAGCUGUAGAGUCAGACCUGGCGCAAGCGGCUAAAGCUGCAGCAAAGGAAAGCACGAGACCGAGCAAGACACCGCAGAAACGACCUGCUAGAGCCUACUCGACGGCACUUAGGAUCGCUUUGCAGAGCGUGCGACAGAAGUACGGAGCUUUGCCCGACAACGUAGGAGCAUUCUCGAAGAAGAUCGAUAUAGCUUUACCAGGAAGGCAUACGCGCGAGCUGUAUGAUGAGCUCUCGUGGAAAGAAGCCAGUAUCCUGGCGCAACUGCGCACCGGCAUGGCAAGACUGAAUUGGUACCUGCGCCAGAUCGGAGCAACUGCCUCGGCGCAUUGCGCCUGUGGGCAUGCGGCAGAAUCGGUAGAGCAUUUUCUCUUCCGUUGCACACGGUGGACGGCGCAACGAACUCAGAUGCUUCAACAGACGGAAACGCAGAGAGGAAACCUGUCGUACUUUCUCGGAGGAAAGAGCGCGUCCGAUCCUGAUGACUGGUCGCCAAACGUAGAUGUUGUCAAAGAAACGAUCAAGUUCGCCAUGAGCACGGAGAGGCUGGAUGCUCAGAUCAGCCAGCGACAAAACGACCAUGAGUAG